AUGCGUAAAUCACCUUUCAAUGAUGCGCAACGAGACUCUCUCGAAAUGUCAUUAACUCUCAAUACCUCUGCGCCCGCUUCUCCCGCUAUCUCCCUCUUCUCCGUCCUUGGUCAUAAUCGGGUCUCCAGCUCCGUUUCCUCGCUGGUUUCAUCUGGUCCGCUGGGCAACUCGAUGGACAGCCCGAGCAGGAGUCACUUGACCGGGGUCAAGGAGGAGCCCAUUGUUCGCGACUCAUUCGAAGAUCAAUACUUUCAACAUUUUGACUUUGCCGAUGAAUCGUGCUUCCUGAUGGACCCCUCUGAUAGCUAUGAUCUCAGCGACAGCUGCGUUGACUUCCCUGCAACCAAGCGCCGCUCAGAUAGCGCGUCAAUGAAGGGGGUCUCGCGUAUCAAUUCGCAUAUCUCGACUAUGUCAACUCGAUGGAAUCGCAGACAUGCAUCGGGAAGCCCCGAGCGUGACGGAUUCCCAGAUGAUUUGCGAUCGCGAGCUAAUUCGGCGGCUUCCUCCGCUCUGGCAAGCCCUAUCGCCAGGCCCAUCACGCGGACGAUCUUCGAGGAGCGCAUGAGCGAUUCCAAUGUGCGCCCUAUCGAUAUUACCCGGGCCAAUAGUCUGAGCGAGGACGACAAUGACGCCUUGCAAGCAACCACUCCGCUUCUCCCGCCUCUUCUGGGCGACGACCCGACAAGCCUGGCCGCGUCGCGAGUUCAGUCUCCUUUGCAGUCUCCCUCCGUUGCGGAUGUGAGCCAGUCCGACCAGCACUAUAUGACAUCAUUUCAUGGUUUCGCUGGGGUUCCUUCGCCGCCACUCUCGUCAAAGCCAUCGGUUGCGUCGUUUUCUCGGCCUCGUACCAAUACUUGCCGAACGGUUUCGGGUGAUUCCGCCCCAUUUGUUCUCUCGGAUCCCAAUGACGAAUGGGCUAGCAAGUUGGGCCACGCCAAUUUCACCAUUCAGCCCGAACCCUACCGACCUGUGGCCUGCGAUAUUGACCAUUUCCACCAGCUGCGUGCGGACUGGGAUGUUGCGCGCUGCAACUUUGCCAAGCACCUCGUGCGCACGGGCGAGCACUAUGGCGUCACCUCCAACAUCUACAAGCUCACCGGCGAGAAGUGGGAAUGCAUCAACGACCAGUGGAGAGGGGAACACGAGUCCAUGCUCAGCCAACUUGGCUCCGUGGACGGUGUAGCCCUCACCCUGACUCAAUCUAAUCUCCGUCCCCGCGAGCAAGUCUGCAUCCCAGGCCUGCACGACAACGCCAAGUUCCCCGAAAUGGGAGACGAAGAUAUUGUUGGGCCGAUGAGCGUCGCUCCCGCGACUGACAUCGCCGGCACGUGCCGAUCAACCCCAAUGAAGAAGCGCAAUCUCUUCCGCUUCUUCCAAGAUCUCGUCUCCCGCUCUUGA